UGAAAUCAGGGGCUUCCCUGGUGGCGCAGUGGUUGAGAGUCCGCCUGCCGAUGCAGGGGACACGGGUUCGUGCCCCGGUCCGGGAGGAUCCCACGUGCCGCGGAGCGGCUGGGCCCGUGAGCCAUGGCCGCUGAGCCUGCGCGUCCGGAGCCUGUGCUCCGCAACGGGAGGGGCCACAGCAGUGAGAGGCCCGCGUACCGCAAAAAAAAAAAAAAAAAAGUGAAAUCAGAGGGUGGAAAGGGCCCAGGGCCCAGCACCUAUCAGGGCAGGGCCCGGCUGGUUUUGAGGAAGCCAAAGUUGGGGAAUGAACAAAUGAAUGAGGGAAGCAGGGAUGGGGGUUGAGGGGGCGGUCCUGGGCGGGGCCAGGCAGAGCCUGAUUGGUGGUCCUGGGAGGCAGGUCUGCCCCCUGCUGCCUGACCUGCACCCAGAGCCUUGCCAGCCGCCUCCCAGAGUUCCAGAAAGUGCCCUGGUGUCUGAGAUGCCGCUGCCACAGAAGAAGCGCUGGGAGUCCAUGGCCAAGGGGCUGGUGCUGGGAGCACUCUUCACCAGCUUCCUGCUACUGCUGUACUCCUACGCCGUCCCCCCGCUGCACACUGGCCUGGCCUCCACCAGGACCCCCGAGGGCACAGCACCCUGCUCCCCGGCCCUGAGUGAGCCAGAGGCACUGACCCCGGCCAACGGCUCGGUGGGAGGCUGCCAGCCGAGGCGCGACAUCGUGUUCAUGAAGACGCACAAGACGGCCAGCAGCACGCUGCUCAACAUCCUGUUCCGCUUCGGCCAGAAGCACGGGCUCAAGUUCGCCUUCCCCAACGGCCGGAACGACUUCGACUACCCGGCCUUUUUCGCACGCAGCCUGGUGCAGGACUACCGGCCCGGGGCCUGCUUCAACAUCAUCUGCAACCACAUGCGCUUCCACUACGACGAGGUCCGGGGCCUGGUGCCGCCCAACGCCACCUUCAUCACUGUGCUCCGCGACCCCGCCCGCCUCUUCGAGUCCUCCUUCCACUACUUUGGCUCCGUGGUGCCCUUCACGUGGAAACUCUCGGGCCGCGACAAGCUGGCCAAGUUCCUGCAGGACCCAGACCGCUACUACGACCCCCACGGCUACAACGCCCACUACCUCCACAACCUGCUCUUCUUCGACCUGGGCUACGACAGCGACCUGGACCCCGGCAGCCCGCAGGUGCAGGAGCACAUCCUGGAGGUGGAGCGCCGCUUCCACCUCGUGCUCCUGCAGGAGUAUUUCGACGAGUCGCUAGUGCUGCUCAAGGACCUGCUGUGCUGGGAGCUGGAGGACGUGCUCUACUUCAAGCUCAAUGCCCGCCGCGACUCGGCAGUGCCGCGCCUCUCCGGCGAGCUGUACCGGCGCGCCACAGCCUGGAACGUGCUGGACGCCCGCCUCUACCGCCACUUCAACGCCAGCUUCUGGCGCAAGGUGGAGGCCUUUGGGCGCGAGCGCAUGGCCCGCGAGGUGGCCGCCCUGAGGCGCGCCAACGAGCGCAUGCGCCGCAUCUGCAUAGACGGCGGCCACGCGGUGGAUGCGACCGCCAUCCAGGACUCGGCCAUGCAGCCCUGGCAGCCGCUGGGCACCAAAUCCAUCCUGGGCUACAACCUCAAGAAGAGCAUUGGGCGGCGGCACGCGCAGCUCUGUCGGCGCAUGCUCACACCCGAGAUCCAGUACCUGAUGGACCUGGGCGUCAACCUGUGGGUCACCAAGCUCUGGAAGCUCAUCCGGGACUUCCUGCAGUGGUGACGCCCGCCCGUGGAGGAGGGCUGAGCAGGGGCCCGCUGGCCUCCCCCCACGGCCCUCCUGGUGCCACCCCAGCCCCUGGGGUGAGGCGGGGCUACUGCAGGGGUGCGACCAGCCAAGGACUGGGCCCACUGCACACAGGGCCUGAGAUCAGUAUUUGACUAAUUAUAGUUUUUGGUUUUUGGUUUUUCGUUUUUUAAAUUAAAUCCCCUUCCCUCCAAAAAAGAAUGUUCUAUUUUCUGGCUCCCCUUAAAGGGGAGACUUCAGAAGUAAAAGAAUUUGAUGUGUUUUUGUUAA